CCCGGCCUGGCCGGCCCGUCCCAGUUCGUGAGCCGCUGUCGAGGGGUGAACGCCUGUCGCGCGUUUGGCGAAUAGCUCUCAUUUCCCCUAAAUGUGCUCCGGCGACCUCAACACGGCUCAAGUCCACCAGUCUGGCCGGGGCUACAGCCGCAUGGAGCUUCUGAAGGCGAGCAGCGAGAUCUGCCGAGCCCAGCACAAGUAAGCCGUUGGCCGCCGCCGCCCGUCCGCAGCUCCGUCCAGCCGCCGCCCGCCGGCGCGCCCCAUGGGCUGAGGCCGGCCAGAGUCGCACAGGAGAGUCGCUGUCGGCCGCCGCCCGCCGGGCCCGCCAGGCCUGCCGCCGCGGUCCGGUGCCGCGGACUGAGAGCGUCGCGCCGCCGUGCUUCCGUCGCGCCUCGGCGCCUGUGUCAUGAACAACAUGAAGGGCAAGAGCAGUCGCCCGGCGCCCUCCGAGAUCGAGUUCAGAAGCGUGAGGUUCCUCAUCACCGACCGGCCCACAGAGGCCAUCCUGCCUGCCUAUAUCGAGGAGCUGAAGCGCCACAACGCCCGCUCGGUGGUGCGUGUCUGCGAGCCCAGCUACAAGACCGACCUGCUGGAGCAGGAGGGCAUCCCUGUCACCGACCUCGUGUUCGACGACGGCCACUACCCGCCGGCCCAGGUGGUGACCGACUGGCUGGAGCUGGUGCGUGACCAGGUCCGAGCUGACCCCUCCUCCUGCGUGGCCGUGCACUGCGUGGCCGGCCUGGGGCGGGCGCCCGUUCUGGUGGCGCUCGCGCUCAUGGAACUCGGCCUCAAGUAUGAGGACGCCGUCGAGCUCAUCAGACAGAAGCGCAGGGGAGCUAUAAACGCUAAGCAGCUCCAGUUCCUCGAGAAGUACCGGCCAAGGUCUCGGCUGAAGGUGAAGAACGGCAACAAGCCGGCCUGCUGCCUUCAGUAAAGAUGGCGCUAGUAUCGGACCGCGCGAGGGCACUUCUGACGCUCCUCGCAGCUCCUCCGCCGCAGUUGGCGGACAUAUCACGGUCGGCCCGCGUACGGGGCCCAGGCUCAUCCGCCCGGAACCAUUGGAAACGGGCGCCGCGCAUCUUCCGUGGUGCUGUUAACAAUAUAUGUUGUGACGGUGGAUGAACUGGACUCUGGUGCUUGACAAAACUUCAACCUUACGUAAGCCACUUUGGUGUCCGCCCUCACUGGCCUCCUGUGGAGAGUGGUGCCCUGUGGAUGUAUCAUAAGGCACAUGCAGUGCUCGCCAGGCAGUUCCAGUUCAGGAUCAAAGCCCUGAUAUUAAAGUGUGACGGUGUGGAAUGUCAAGCAUCUGAAGACUGCAGUGAAAAUCGUGGUGUGCGGGAACCGAAUUUACCGACACCUAUCGGUAAAGCAGAAACUGCAAGUAAGCUGUAGGGUCAUUAGAGGGCGCUGCUCUUAUGUUAAGCCUUCCCUCUGGUUUCGUUUCAGCAACGCGAGUGAUCUAGGAUCACGCUCGAAUGUUGACACUCGUGCAGUAUCUCCCAGCUGCACUACCCCCGUGCGGUCUCCCAGCCGUGGUCACCUCGUGCGGCCUCCCAGCCGUGGUGCCCUCGUGCGGUCUCCCAGCUGUGGUGUCCUCGUGCGGUCUCCCACCUGUGGUGUCCUCGUGCGGCCUCCCAGCCGUGAUGUCCUCGUGCGGUCUCCCAGCCGUGGUGUCCUCGUGCGAUCCCCCAGCUGAAGUGCCCUUUGCCAUUCGCCAGCUGCAGUGGACGGCUACUGGCUACUGGCCAGGGUAGAGUGCAUGUGGGGCACGGGUGUUUCUAUGGUAGACAAACGAAUAAACAAAUAGUAAUGUA